GUUCACGUAGUACCCGGAACGCGCCAGCCAUUGAAACACGCCUGGACUUUGUGGACAGACAGAAACAGCACACGGACCGGAAGUAGCUCAAAUGGCAGAGUGGAAUGCCUUCUACCAUAAUGAGGAGGAUGAGGAAGAGCAGGAGGAAGGAGAGCAAUCUGGAGGUGAAUAUUACAAAAACACCGGCAGAGACAGUUUGGUGUUUUUGGUCGACGCCUCCAAGGAAAUGUUCAUCAAAGGAGAAGACGGACAACCCUCCAACUUUGACAUGACCAUGGAGGUGGUGCGCAGUGUGUACACCAGUAAGAUCAUCAGCAGCCACAGGGACCUGAUGGCGUUGGUUUUCUACGGCACGGAGCAGAGCAAAAAUCCCAGGAACUCAUUUAAACACGUCUACGUUUACCACGACCUGGACGAGCCCGGUGCAAAGCGAGUGCGGGAGGUGGACGCUCUGCGGGGGGAGAAAGGAGCCCAGCUGGUGGGGGAGACGAUGGGCAUCGGGGGGGAGACGUCUCUGGCUGACGCUCUGUGGUGCUGCGCUAACCUCUACAGCGACAUCAAGCUGAGACUCUCCCACAAGAGGCUCAUGAUCUUCAGCUGCAGGGACGAGCCUCACGGGGGCGACAGCGCGAAGGACCGGCUGGCGCGCACUAAAGCUGGAGACCUCAAAGAGACCGGUGUGGUCAUUGAUUUAAUGCAUCUGAUGAAACCGGGAGGCUUCGAUGUCGCUCCGUUCUUCCGAGACAUCGUGAGUCCUCCUGAUGAUGAAGAAGAUCUGGGUCUGCAGCUGGAGCCGUGUGGAAAAAUGGAGGAUCUCCGGAAGAGGGUCCGGGCCAAAGAGCUGAAGAAGAGGGCCAUGGUCAGGAUAAACCUGUGUCUCGGUGAGGGUGUGAAUGUCGCCGUGGGAAUUUACGCCCCCGCUGUAGCGGCUAAGAAACCGGGUCCUGUCAAACUUUACAGAGAGUCCAACGAGCCGGUCCGCAGCAAAACCAGAACAUUUCACACCCAGACCGGGAGCCUGCUGCUGCCCAGCGAGAUAAAGAAAGCUCAGGUGUACGGUAAGAGGCAGAUCGUGAUGGAGAAGGACGAGGUCGACGCCAUCAAGAAGUUUGAAGAUCCCGGGAUGAUCCUGAUUGGAUUCAAACCGAUGGAGAAGCUCAAGCGUCAUCAUCACAUCCGACCCUCCACCUUCCUCUACCCCGAGGAGGGCGAGGUCAAAGGCAGCGCGUGUCUCUUCUCUGCGUUGUUGACAAAGUGCAGCGAGAGGAACGUGUUCGCUGUGUGUCGCUGUGUCUCUCGCAGGAACUAUCCUCCGAGGUUUGUGGCUCUGGUGCCGCAGAACGAGGAGCUGGACGAGGGCAAGGUUCAGAUCACUCCUCCAGGUUUCAACGUGAUCUAUCUGCCGUACGCUGACGACCUGCGGACCCUCGAUACCCCCCGCUGCCCGUGGGCCUCAAAAACACAGGUGGACAAGAUGAAGGAGAUCGUCACCAAACUGCGCUUCAAAUACAGGAGCGAUGCGUUUGAGAACCCGGUCAUCCAGCAGCACUACAGGAACCUGGAGGCUCUCGCUCUGGAUAUGGACGCUCCGGAGAACACAGAGGACCUCAUCAUGCCGAAGGUGGAGCAGAUCAACCAGCGUCUGGGUCCUCUGGUUCAGGACUUCAAAGAUCUGGUUUACCCAAUCGGAUACAACCCUGAGAACAAGCCAGCAGCCAAACGCAAGACAGCUGAUGCCGGAGGUGGAGCUGAUAAGAAACCCAAAGUGGAGGUAUCUGAAGACGAGCUGCGGGCCUACGUGCAGAACGGCACCCUGGUAAAACUGACGGUGCCGGUGCUGAAGGACGCCUGCAAACAGUUUGGGGUUCGGACCACCGGCACCAAGAAGCAGGAGCUGAUGGACGCUCUGAUCGCAAAACUCGGACCCUGAGGAGUUCAAUAUGAACCUCGCAGUGCCUUCAUGAGCAGACACACGUAUACUGAUUACAAUCCAGGUGAAAAAAAUUAUUUUCAAGGUCCAAAUUCUGGCAAAUUUCAGGAUCUACUUCAGAGUGGGUUACAUGUUUUUUUACAUUUACUGUGUAGUCUGGGAAAUGU